UUAUGCAUCUUUGCUCCGUAAUUGUCGUUAUCUUUCCGCAGUGGUCUCAGAUUGUAUUUCGUCAGAGUUAUCGAAGUUUCUGCUCUACGUUUCUCAUUUCUUCGUUGCACUUUGUGUUUGGUAGAAUUCUUUGAUCCGAAUUUUCUGCAUAUUAGAAAUUUCCGUGUAGGAAUUCCAUAGAUUGACAUAGCAAUCGUUGUGGAGAGACCGAAACAAAAUGGCCGCAGCCGCGGCCGCUGCAUUACUCGAUGAGCUUAUGGGCAGAAACAGAAAUGUUUUGCCUAACGAGAAGCCCAAAGAACUCAAUUGGGAAGAUCCCGAGUUUUGCAAGCUGUACCUAGUCAAAUUCUGUCCUCAUGACUUAUUUGUUAAUACAAGAGCAGACUUAGGCGCAUGUCCCAAAGUGCAUGACGAUGAAGCUAGAGAAUUGUUCGAAAAGGCUCAAUAUUCAUACCGCAAGCAGCAAUAUGAAGAUGAAUUUAUCAGGUAUUGCCAGAGUAUGUUGAACGAGGUAGAGCGAAAAAUCGUAAAGGGAAAACAGCGAUUGGCGUUAAUUGGAAGAACAGAAGCACCGACAUUGACGCCAGCGCAAACGCAACGAAAUGAGGAGCAGAUUGCUCUUCUAACGGAAAAAAUAAACAAAUUAGUGGAGGAGGCUGAGCAAAGUGGAAUUCAAGGCAAUGUGGAACAAGCGCAAGGCCUAAUGCGUCUCUGUGAUCAGCUGAAGGAAGAGCGCGAAACUUUAAGGAAAUCCAAUGAUAAUAGUCAUUACAAUCAAACUGCUGAAUUAGCUGCUGCACAGGAGAAGCAGAUGGAAGUAUGCGACGUAUGUGGUGCAUUUCUUAUCGUGGGCGAUGCUCAGCAACGAAUCGAUGAUCAUCUAAUGGGAAAACAACAUGUGGGCUACGCGAGACUAAAAAGCGCCCUUCAAGAGAUUAUGAGCAAACGUGAGAAAGCGCGCGAUGAGAAAGAGCAGAGAAGGGAAGAAGAGCGGAAGCAAAGAGCACGAGCAAACGAGGAGCUCGACAGACGGCGGAGAGACAGCGACAGAGACAGAGACCGCGACAGAGAUAGAGACAAACGUCGUAGGCGAAUGGACGAUGAGAAGAGCCGCCACGACUCGAGCGGUCAUCGAAAUUCCGGACACAGAAGUAGAAGCAGAUCGCGAGAUAGGCAUCAUCGAGACGAAGAUAGCCACCGACGGCAUGGUAGAGAUAAGGGAAAUCGCGAUCAUCGGAGUUCCAGCCAUCACAAUCGUCGCCGGCACCGCUCGCGAAGUCGAAGUCACAAGUAACUUCUCUUGAUUGGUUAGUGAGUGAGAAGUAAGCCAGGUAUGCACCAAACAAUAUAACCAUAUUCGUCUCAAUUACUGUACAGGUACUCUUACGAUCCAGGUGAGUUGCCAUUCCGAUGCACAUAAUACAUAUACAUGAUAAUAUAAUCUGUGAUGUUUGAAGCGCCGCGUAAGUCACACAGCAAGUCCGUCUCAUUUCUAUCUCUGAAACACACUCUGUCUCUCUCCGCCUCUCUUUGCUUCAUGUCCCAACAGAAUAGGAACAAACGCCUCUAGUUUAAAAAAAAAUUUCAUCAAAGAAUCGACUUCGCUGUCAAUGCUAUUUCAUUAAGAUGAAAAUCUCUAACUAAUGGCGUAACCAGGUAUAAUGCUGAGUGAGCACAAUUGUAAAGUCGUCAGAUCAAUAGGUGCAUUUAUCAUUUAUAUAGUAUUAUAUAUAUCGUCAGUGAAAAACAAGAGAGAAGAAACAGAAGAAUGCAAUAGUAAUAUAAUUUGCUUUGAUAAUUUUUAAAAAUUAAUCUUAAAUUUAAGAAAAUUGAAUCUUUCCUUUACGAGAUUCUUUAGAAAAUCAGUCGAACCAUUUUUGCAAUAUUUUAAAAAUCUAAACUUAAUUUUCUUGACUUUUAAUUUUAUAUUUUCAAGAUUCUGUUUUGUCAGUACAGUGUUUGCCAAGGUUUUAUUUAGCAACUUUUUAAGAAUUUGGGAACAUAAAUCAUUUCAUUUUCACUUCAUACAUUUUCCUCGCAUCUUCAAGAAACUUGUCGAUUAAUUAAAAAUAGAAAAUUUUAAUCGCGUCGCGUAGAAGCUGAAUACACUUGACACAUCUCCAAGUAAUCGUUCCGAUAAAUUCUCGAUUUGUCUGUAAAGCAAGCUGGGAGAAGGUAUACCUAUGCUUGCUUUCACCGGUUAUAACUCUACUUUGAAACAGCAGAAGGGUGUAAGUCCAAAAGAUGAUUUUUUUUCCAGGAAAAGCCCGCAAAGGUCCGGAGAAUCGGUGGACGCGCGCUUUCAAGAUGAAUUAAAUAACUGUGAAUAAAUGCAAUCAGGUUGAAAUAUAUUUAAGAUAAAAUAGAUUCAUGCUGUUUAUCCCAAAAUAAAAAAACUUGUUUCUAUAAAAAUACAGCGUCUUCUUUCAUUAUAAUUUUUUUUUUUAUUAUUAUGGUUUUAUCGCGUUUUGUUUUUCAGAUUAUUUGAAUUCGAGACUCACUUCGGGAACUUGCUUGAUUCUAUAACUUGUAAAAGGCCGUCACACUUGUUGCGACGAAAAGAGAGAACGGCGAAGCCGAUAGUUUUGGACUUACUCCCUUCCGCUUCUCCGGCGCGGACCUAUCUUCGUAGGUUCGUUAAAAAGUGCGAUCUAAUCUUGCUCGCGUGUCGAUAAGAGAGAAAGAGAGACAGAAAGAGAUUUUGCGGUUUAGCGCGGAGGGGACACAGCUCUCAGUGCCCGCUUCAUAGAGCUUCGUCCACGACUGCAAAUGCACGAGUGCGCAACUGUGAGUGCGCCCUGCAAACGUGUGACUGACUAUACGAACCUCUAGCUUCUGCCACGCAAUUGACGAGGUAUUUAUACCGGAAAUGAUAAUAUCAACAAAUGUCCUUCUGCCAGGAGAGUUUCCAUCCUCCCCCCCCCUUGCUUUCAUUUUCUUCAGGCCUUCCCCUUGACUAAUUAAGGCUCUAACGAUCUCAAAACGUAAUUGUUUAGACGAUGUAGGGGAUCCUCGAAUCGCCGGUGUGCAGGAGGAGCGUAAUUCUUUUAGAAUAACAGGAAAAAAGCUAGGAUAUUUGCAAUUUUUAAGAGGGACAAAAAAAACCGAUCACGGUUUUCAUUAUAAAAUUUUAUACAAUUAAACAAGAACGAGUCAUUUCUAGAAAAAUAGAUAGAGAAAGAUGGUCUUAACAAAAUAUAUCUGUUGCUUGUAAAACUAACGGUCACUUCGUCCUUUUAGCAAAAUUAAAAUUCAAUCAUCUAGACAUUUUGUAAAUGACAAACUAAUAAGUCAUCCCUUCCCCUCCUUUGACAAUGAAAGCGGAUUUGCGUAUCGGUGUUUCUAAUCGAUUGCAUUCACAAAUCCAUGAUGAAGAACUCGUGCGCUUGUUAAACAAACACACAGUCGACAGAGGGACAGGCUUUCGCCAAUAAGAUAAUAAUUGAAACAAUAUUUGACUAUUGUAUGAAAUUGCGAUGCCGAUGACACUCCCGCUAAGACUCGAAUUGUCUACUUUCAGGAAGAAGAGAAGAGAGGAGCCCUUCGAGGAAUUGUACAAGAUGCUGCUUAACGUACGCUAAGGUAAACAUUUUGUAUAAUCUUGACGAUGAAUGAUAGGGAGGGGUGAGGGAGGGGGAGGGGGACAAACGCGAACAAGUUUCUGUUAAAAUCAGAUACCAAUCGACGUACAUUAUUUCUGAACAAUUGUGUUAUCUUAGGCCGUCUAUACAUAAACAGAACGAUCCACAAGGUAAAUUGUCUAAUUGCUAAUUAAAUAAUGAGACGUAACAUUAUAAUACUCAUAAGAUUGUUAUUUGGAACUAAUAAAACGAUGUCGCAGGCC